ACUCACUCACUCACCCACUCUCACCCACCACCCUCUCACACUCACUCACUCAAUAACUCACUCAAUAACUCACUCACUCAUAUUUCCAGCUGUAAUCACCGGGUGAUGAUUGGUUGUAUUGCAGGCAUCACAAGUACAGAUGUACCCAUCCUGAAAGAUCCACCAUCAUUUUUCAAAUCCCAGAAUUCCAUUGGAAGUGCAACAAAUUCAAUUUCGAAGGUAACUGUCACUCCCAAGAAGGAACCUGUUAGAGGUUUUGAACCUGUGGUUGCCACGUCAACCAAGAGUGAUGACAGACUUGCCCCCCAGGUGGCCACAAGCUGUGAUAAUGUGACUGGUGGCCAGGGCGGAGCCGCGGCGAGUACGUCUGAGACGACGUCGGUAGAAUCAUCCACGUCGCUGGCGUCUAGUUCUACCUCCAGUCUUCCUACACCUAAGAAAGACCAAGCGUAUCGGCCGCCUUUACCGAAGUCAUCGUCUAAGAGUAAACAAAAAAUAAAUGUACAGGAAGAAUAUUCCAAACGUCAAGGUGACCUGGACCUGUUGAACCUGGUAGUGAUAGGUCAUGUGGAUGCGGGCAAGAGUACGCUGAUGGGGCACCUGCUGUACCAGCUGGGUUCCGUCCACAGGAAGGUCAUGCAUAAAUAUGAGCAGGAGUCCAAGAAGCUUGGCAAGGGGUCGUUUGCCUUCGCGUGGGUGCUUGACGAGACGGAGGAGGAGAGGACUCGUGGAGUUACCAUGGAUGUGGCCCAGACGAAGUUUCAGACACCGAAGAAAACUGUGACUCUCCUUGACGCUCCAGGCCACAAAGAUUUCAUUCCCAAUAUGAUCACCGGAGCUGCCCAAGCGGAUGUUGCUAUUUUAGUCAUCAACGCCACAAAGGGGGAGUUCGAGACUGGCUUUGAGACCGGGGGUCAAACCCGUGAACAUGCUCUACUAGCCAGAUCACUGGGUGUCGCUCAAAUAAUAGUGGCUGUCAACAAGAUGGACACAGUCGAUUGGUCGGAGGAGAGGUAUAAUGAGGUGGUGAAGAAAAUCGGUCAGUUCCUCAAGCAGGCUGGCUUCCGGGAAGGGGACGUGUCGUUUGUGCCGUGCAGUGGUCUUGGCGGUGAGAAUCUCACCCAGACAGUGAAAGAGCCCAAGCUGGCUGCCUGGUACAAGGGGCCGACGCUAUCCGAGCAGAUUGAUAAGUUUAAGUCACUGGAGCGACCAAUAGACAAACCGUUCCGUCUGAAUGUCGGGGACGUGUUCAAAGGGCAGGGCACCGGCUUCAGGAUUUCGGGAAGAAUAGGCUCAGGCUACACCCAGCCGGGUGAUAGAGCAGUCGUCAUGCCCGGCAACAUCACCGCCACCGUCAGAAAUGUGUUUAUAGAUGAGAUGCCAGUUCAGGUGGCAUUUGCUGGUGACCAUGUGACCAUCUUGAUCAGUGGAAUAGACAUAGCCAAUGUAAAUAUAGGGAGUGUGUUGUGCGAUCCUGCCAACCCGGCCAAGUUUUCGACUCGAAUCCGUGCCAAGAUCGUUAUCUUCAGCCUGGAGGUGCCCAUCACACGGGGGUACCCGGUGGUGUUCCACUACCAGUCUGUCAAUGAGCCUGCUGUGAUAAGACGCCUCGUGGCUCAGCUCAACAAGAGUACCGGCGAGGUGGUGAAGAAGAAGCCAAGAUGCCUGGUGAAGAACACCAGUGCAGUGGUGGAAAUCGAACUGGAGAGGAACAUAUGUCUGGAGGAAUACAAAGACUUCAAGGACUUGGGGAGGUUCAUGUUGAGGUCAGGCGGAGCAACCAUCGCUGCUGGCUUGGUGGAGGAGAUUUUGCCUCCAAAGAUGAAAGAAGAUCAGUGAUGAGGUCUUCCAGAUAUUCAUGACUUGGUGCAAUUAUUGGAACUUUUAUGCAAAAUCUGGCUGGAAGGGAAUGUUGAGGAAGCACAUAUCUUGAUUCAAGCAUGAAUUUGUUCAUGAAAUGCGACCAUCAAAACCAACCAUUCAUAAAACCAUGUCAGGUGAUGGAUGAAGAAGACAGCAUGAUGGCAGAGUGGUGAAUGAAUCCGCUCUCCAGUGAGUGUACGAGGACGACUGGAGCUCAGUCGACAGUGUGAGGGGUGAUGGGUACCGAGACAAACACACGUCUGUGUCAUGAUUGUGAUGAAGCAGGAAAACAUGAAUAAUUGAAGCUGCUCAUGUCAGUCAACGCUGCAUGGAGUGUUCAGUCAGCUCUAGAUGAACCACGGCAAAUACACUGCGACCUGUCUAAGAUAGAUUGUCAACCCAGAUCUGUAGGGCGUUGUCUACACGGAUCCUGAUAAUCCUAAUUUAAUAUAUUAUCAAUUCUACCAUGAAUAUGGAAAAUACUUGAUUCUCAUUUGUCAAUCAGAGGUUUCAAAUCACAAUAACAAGCUGUGAUUAAAACCGUUGAUUUGACGUCUACAUCACUGCAUAAGCUAAUAUAUAUAUAAUAUAGACAUGUACUUCUUUCCCAAAAUAAAUCUACAGGUAACACAUGUAUCCCACAGUUCUGUUUCCGUAUUUAAUCAGUAUGACAUCAGGUAAUUUUAGCAUAAAAUGUGGAUUACAAAGACAGGCUGGGUACCCCAGAUUUCACUGUGCAAUGAACAACUGAUGUAACAGUUAAGUUCUAAGUCCCUAGGAGUGCUUGUUUCAGUUAUUGCUCUUGUGAGUAGCACAUUCUGUAGAUAUUUGCUUUGUUACAGACAAGUCCAGGGGCUUGUGGACACAUGAUGUCAGUUGUCACGAGUUUGUAGCUAGUCCUGCGUGAUCGAGACAAAAAGGUUUACAUUAUCUGUCAAUUAUACUGUAAAUCUUGAUAUUAAUGCGAGUGUGAAUUAAAUGCGAAAAAUGCGAGUGGUCUUUGCUCGCAUUAUUAAACAUCGCAUUUAUAUCAACAAUAAGACAUUUUGAAUAGCAGAAAU